GUCGCAGCUUCGCAGAGAGCGGCGGGGCGUCUUGAGCCGAUGCAGGCAUUCAAGGACGCAUCUCUAGAUUUUUUAUCGCGGUGCGGCAAGGCCGUUAGACGCGCGCAACUAUAUACCUUUUGUGUAUGCGUGAUUAAGCAGCAAGCAGACGAUCCGCCCGUGGGCUCACCACAGGGUUAAGAUUCGCCAGUUCUUCUACGCUGGUUCUCUGCGUUAAUCGGUGCGUUACAUACCGAAGAUGCAGUUGGGACUGUAGGAAAGGGGGUACUGGAGGUGGCACACGCCCGCUCUCUCCUGCUGUCUGUGUAUCUGAAUGACAACCAGGACAUCUUCGCGUGACAUUAGUAGAUGGAUGACGCCGACACAUUCUAGUAAACAGGAGAAUUUGCCGCCUGCGCUGAAGCCACGUCUAGAUCAAAGAAACUAGACGCGUCUGCUAUCUCUACCCGGAUACACGAAUACCAUUGACACACACGGAAGAUGACACUGAAAAGCAAAUGGAAGAAACUGGUUCUGAGACCACGAGACAAGCGGAACGCUAAGGAGACUAAGAAACAGACAGUCUCCGAGCCGAAAGCGAUAGAACAUGGUUACAUGAACGCCUACGACUCGGAGGGGCGUUCCGCGCAGAGCAGCUCUGAAGAGGAAGCUAUCCCAGCUCAGCAGCUACAAGUCACCUCCGUCGAUGCUGCCCCACCGAAGCCUGUCAGGAAAAUUCGACCGAUACCUCAACUGCCGACAACUAAACCGCCUGUAGAGGACGCCAGCGGUGAGCAUGUCAAUGACGAUUCGAAUGAGUGCGUCGCCGGCGCCGCCAGCGACAGCAAUCCAAACCACACGAGCGAGUUCUUCCCGCGGAAGAUGCCACACCGAUACGCCCGGCGGAAGUUCAAUAAUUCGAACGUGAAGAUGACCUUUGGCAGCACGCCCGACCUCCGCUCGCCCAUCGAUGUGUUCACGAGGGAGAACAUCUACGAGAAUGUCAUGUCGACGUUCGGAACACCAAACAAUUCGAAGGACAUCUCCAGUACACCGAACCUAUGCUCGGACGGCCUAUACAUGGGAAAUGUGCUGAGUACGUUCAUGACACCGAAAGCGCACCGAAAACACGAUGGCUACUCCACGGACAACGAAUUGUCCAGUCGUCGCAACAAGCGCCUCCAGAGGACGCUCUCGUCGGUGAGUCUGCCCGGAAAAUCAGACGAACCGAAAAACAUCUUCGAGCAAAAUUCUGAUGACGACUACGAUCUCUACACUAAUAAGGAAAACGACCGAGGCGCCCCCUCGACUUCAUCAGCCGAUGUCGUCUCAAAUAAUUCGACUGAGCGUAAACCGAGUCCGCGUCCAAGACGCAAGCACAGUAAGGGCAACGAGGGGGCGGUGACGCAGGAAGGCUGCGCACUUGCGAUGACAUCGCUGCCGCAGUCCACCGAAAAGGAAGCUAGUCAGCAGAACACGGCGGCGGCGAUCACGAGCGAGAUGCUCGCCACCGUCAAACUACGACCAAAGAGCGGCCGAGCGACGGAGAUACCGACCGUUCCAGCGCCACCUGUCUCAAAGACGUCCGCUCCGGUUGCUAGGCGACCGCGCAGCCCUCUCAAGCGCUCGGCAGCCUUCUACGGCGCGCCGAUCACAGCGAUGCCGCCUGACGCCGACGCGCCUCCCCGGGCCGACGUGCCAGCCAGGAGCAGUCUGCGCGACGACGCGCGAUGCAAGAGCGCCUCGGCAGAUGCGAGAGCCGACGCGCCGCCUAGCCGAGGGCGUGCUGCGUGCGGCCUGAAGACGGUGAAGAGUGAAGCUGACAUACUCUCCUACCAGCUGGGCGGCGGUGACCUCUACUUUAUACCGGAUGCGACGCCGGAUCUCUCGCGCAAGGAGUACGACACCGGCUACGAAACCAACAUGGAAUCGGGAUACACGAGCGAGGCAAGCAUUCGCAGCAAGGGCGCGAUUCUGCAGCAGGUGAAACAUUCCGCGUCGAUUUCAUCGACGGACGCCAAACUGCCGGCGCCUGAAAUGUUACGGGAGAAAGCCGCCGCCGUAACUACAGAGCUCACGGAGGCUCAUUCCGCAGCGGCGAAACAAGGGACGGGUGCAGGUGAGUCGGUUGCCAAGCAACGAGCAAACUCGUUAUCCAGUUCCAUCCUUGCUGCGGCGGCGUCUCGUAAAUCAGUGCAGAAACAGAGCAGUCAGGUGGAAGCUCUCCACACUGAUGUGUCAUCGAGUGAAGACGCUGCGCUCAAAGAAGGAAGAAGAGGAGGAAGAGGAGAAGGAGGAGGAGAAGGAGGAGGAGGAGGAGGGGAAAUAUUUCCGUGGGAUUGCGGCGCACCAGUCAAGUCCGUGAAGGAAAUGCCAGCGAGAGCUGUCGACGACAUUCAACCGAAACGAGAGUUCCUAGCGGAUGUGCCAAAAUCACCAAGAGUCAUUAAUAAAGUCAGCAGUGUGCAUUUAUCGGCUCUAUCCGAUGCCAUAUCAAAGCGCAGCAUGCAGUUGAAAGCGACAUCUGUUGACGAUGUUGAAAAUACUGUGAGUUUUUCAGAACAAACAGAUUCGAAGCAUGGCCGACACUUGAAAGCGACAUCUGUUGACGAUAUUGAUGACACUGUGGGUUUUCCCGAGCCAAAUAAAUCAAAGCGUAGCAUGCAGCUGAAAGCGACAUCUGUUGACAAUAUUGAUGACACUGUGGGUUAUCCCGAGCCAAAUAGAUCUAAGCGUAGCAUGCAGUUGAAGGCGACAUCGAUUGACGACAGAGAUGAUACUAUGAGUUCACCAGAACAAAAUGAUUACCAUCGUAGCACAAAGCUAAAAGCGACAUAUAUUGACGAUAGAGACGAUACUAUGAGUUCACCAGAACCAAAUAAUUCCAAGCGUGGCACAAAGCUAAAAGCGACAUCUAUUGACGAUAAAGACGAUACUGUGAGUUCUAAUGAAUCGCUGCAUUAUAUACUAGAGAAACGCGAAAGUCAACACAUAAAUAGCAACAAUACAAACGCUGUAAUAAAACACAAAAAUAGCCACCCGGCACCGACAAAUCCGAAGAUUGACAAGGGGGAGACCCGCGGCCCACCAACAGCCCCAAAGAAACCGCCGAAAAGUGCCAUCGCCGCGGCGAUUGAGGAAUUACAUAUAAAUGGCAAUAGGGAGACUAACGGGAUGUCCAAUCGACCUCUGGAAAGACAGAAUGCUGCGAAGAAGGAACAUGUCAAUAAAGAUGAGUUAACGAGAAGGGAUAUAGAUAGCAGGGUAUUCAACAACCGCAAUGCACAAUCAGUUGGGGGCGAGCAGGAGUCAAGAUACUACAACUCCCGCCAUGAUAGGUCCAGUGACAGAGAUGUAAAUAUGCGGCGGAACAAUGACCGUCGCGAACAUUCAAAUGACAGAAAUAUGGAUAUAAGGCCAAACAAUGGCCGCCGUGACCAAUCAAACGACAGAGAGCUUGAUACGAGGCGACACUACGGUCGGCGUAACCACGCACACGACAAAGAGUUCGUUCCGAAGCAUUACAAUCAUCGAUUUGACCAAUCACAUGACAGUGAAAUCAACAACGCAAGGCCGCACGGCCACCAAUCCAAAAAUGUCGGAAUACAAGGGAAGAAACACCAAGAGAACAUGCUCUCUGACAACGACAAUGACGCUAAGGCACAGUUCACGAGACGACCUCGAGGACGGACCCCGAAACACAUCGCCAAGCAUCACUACCCUCGCUCCGUCGGCGCUAGUGACUACGCACUGUCCUCCUCUGAGACGGAGGCCGAUGCAUCCUACGAGGGUCACCAGUCGGAUACCAUAUAUGGCGUCUAUCAGCCGCCGGCAGGUCACUUUCAUCCUCCCAACAACUCGAGAGCGGGCCACGUUCCCGAGCGGCUCGACAUGCACAUGACGCACAACCCUAGGAACGACUACGUCGACGCGUCGCGCUACAGCAGUCCAUCCGAGUAUUAUCGAGAGAUGACGAGAGAUCACGACAGGUACGAAAACUCACGCAGAUACUACGCCGGUCGCAAGUCGCCCGCACGCACGGCGCACCAGUACCCCAACCCGCACAGGUGGAGCGAUCCGGCCCAGUACGCUCGAUCGGUAGCCGAUUACAACCGCCGCGAUAGUCGGGCGAAUCACAGCUACCAGACAGAGCUUAGAGGGCGCCAGGCGCAGGCGAAUAUUCCCUGGUCGGGUGAUUGGUCGCCGGUCGUGCAGCGCAGACGACAGCCCCCGCAGCGCCGCCAGCGCGACGACUGGUCGCCAGAUGUGCCGAGCAGAGCCCGACUGUCGCGCAGUCGCAACGACCUCUCAGAGUGGUCGCCCGACGUUUCGCGCAAACCCGGCAAACAGACGCAUCAGCGCGAGGACUCGGGCGACUGGUCACGAGAGACGAGGCGCGCGUCAGCCCCGGCCGGAAAGAGCCGAGACCAGUCAGAGGAUCGCUCAUCGGAGGAUUACCUCUCCGACGAAGAGGAGCUGAAGCGCACGCUGGAAUCCUACGGUUACGUCGGCGGCAAGACGGCGAAGAAGUUGGAGUCGCUCACGCAGAUGCUGGACGUGAGGCGCAAGGAAAAGCGCAUCGCCGCCUCCGAGGAAGGCAUCUACAGCGAAAUCUACGACACGGUGCCCCUGGCGGCGAAGAAGACGAUGCGGGUUUCGCGCACCGAACCCGAUCUCAACUCAUUGGUGCUACCAGAUGGCGUCACGAGCGCCAACGAGCUACGCAUGCAGCAGGGGCUUAAGUCAUCGCAGCCGGGCAAGACCGUCCGAGAGGUGAAGAACGCUUCUAAGGCUAACCGCCAGGCGGCCGGCGUCUACGAGAAAUCUCAGAUGCACAAGUCGAAAUCGGUGACGAGUCUGGCGACGCAGCGUACGGUGACAAGUCAGGCGAGGUCGUCGCGUUCCACCCGCACUGUCAACAGCAGCAUCGCUAACCCGGAUGCCACCUACCGCGAUAAGUCGAUCAAGAAGUGGACGGAGAAGGACGUUGCCGACUGGAUCACGAGUAUAAAGCUGAAGAAGUUCAAGCCCUGCUUUCGUCAUAUCGACGGCCCUAAGAUCAUGAUAAUGGCGAAGCAAAGAUUCCCCGGACUGAACGCUACUUUCAAGGAGACGGCUAUCAUGCAGCAAUCCCUAUCCAAGAUUAGACAUGGAACGGGUUAUUAGGUACGAGAUAAUUUUGUAACGACUUGUGGAUAACGAAUCCGUAAUGCAUAGCAAUAGUUACAGGAUACCUUGAAAAUUUUCCCGACUUGCUUCCUUUGCUAUAAUAUAUAUAUAUAUAUAUAUAUAUAUAUAUAUAUAUAUAUAUAUAUAUUAUCUUACCUAAUUAUUAUGAGCUUGUGAGAAAGAUACUAGUAUAUAAAUAUGUGCUUUAUUUAGAAUAACAGAGCUGAUCGCAUAAUCUCUUUUCUACAAUUAACAAUUCCAAUUACCAAUUAAAAAUGUUUGUAGAAAAAAUUAAAAUGUAGAAAAACUAGAUGUCAAUAGAUUAAGAAACGUAAAUGAUAGUAAUAAUUUUUAGAAAGGAGAGAUCAUCAUAAUGUAUAUAAGGAGGAAUCGCUGCUAAGUAGAACAUGGGUUCAAAACUGGUCAUGUCUGUGGAACUGUCAUGUGGAUAUCUAGAUAAUAUGUCUAUUAGGGGUCGUGUUUCACUCACUCUGUUAGUAAUCCUUAACAUGACAUUGAAAAUUUUCUUGGACACAAAUAAUAAUGAAAUAAAAGUUCUACUGCUUUAACACAUCCAUGCAGAAAUUGUAAUCCAAUAUAUUAAGUUAACAUUAUACUGUAGACCAUAUAGCAAGCAUGUAAUGCUUGGUACAAUUGCAAGUGAAUCUAGUAUAUAGUGUAUCUAGUGUAUAGUAAAUAGUGCUUUCUAUUUGAAACGUGCUGUCACAUAGUUACAUAUAUAGAAUUGCAUAGUUAAUACAACGUAGACAUAUUAUACAUGCAGCAAUAAGGUUCUCUGCAAUGUCAAUUUCAUAUCUUGUUGGCUACUUAUACCGCACUCAUUAGUUGUAUGUGUUGUACUAUAAUGGGUUUUAUACGUGUAAAGAUUCUAAUGCGGUCGAAACACGUCAACGCUUAUCACAGGUCUUCAUUCUGAGAACUUUAGUUCUGAUUCGGUAAUGGACUCUUCUAUUGCGAUACGCUAGAGAAUUGACGGGGUAACGUGAACGAAAACGUAUGCAUGGGUAAUAAACGCAUGAAUCUGUACGUAUAGGGGGGGCCUAUAUAGCUUUUUGCAUUAUUAUUUUAAUAUAAUGUUAAUUGCGCGUCGCAUAUAUUUAACUUUUUUAAGUGCUCAAUGAAUUCAUUUCUCAUGCUCAUUAAUUUCUAUAUGACGCAUAGGCACGAGAGUUGCUUUGAUUACGCAAUAAUUUAACGAACUACGCACCUCAUCAUUUAUCAUGCCUAUAUAAAUAUUUGAUAUAAUUUUAAUCAAUA